GCAAGUGUCAAAAAUAUAAUGAAAAAUAAGUUUUCCAGUUCAGACACAUACACAAUUUCACUCGUCAAUUGUUAAUAAUAAAUAUUUAAAAUAAAAAGUAAUUUUAAAGAUAACAAUGAGUGUCAAUCAUUUGCCUCACAUUGACCGCGAGUUGGAUUUGUCUAACACGGGUCGUGGAGUAUGGCUUGUAAAAGUACCAAAGUAUAUAGCAAAUAAAUGGGACAAAGCUCCUGGUGAAAUAGAAGUAGGCAAAUUAAAGAUUUCCCGUGUUCCCGGGCAAAAGGCUCAGGUGCAGUUGUCCCUUUCGGAGGCUGUAUUAUGUCUGAAAGAGCCAGGAGAACAGUCGAUACCAAAAGAACACCGUCUUAAUGUUUCGAAUGUGACGCGGCAAUCUUUAGGAGUAUUCUCGCAUGCAGCUCCCUCAAAUGCAGAUUCUGUGGUGCCAGAGUCUGAAAAGCUUUAUAUGGAAGGAAGGAUAGUACAAAAGUUGGAAUGCAGACCUUAUGCUGACCCUACAUACUACAAGCUCAAGUCUGAGUCUAUCCGGAAGGCUUCCAUGCCUCAAAGACAAGUGCAACAGCUAGAGAGGAUAGUGCAGACUUUCAAACCUGUUUCAGACCAUAAACAUAAUAUUGAAUACCAAGAAAGGAAAAAAGCGGAAGGCAAAAAGGCUCGUGAUGACAAAGAGGCGGUACUUAAUGUAUUGUUUGCUGCAUUUGAAAAACAUCAGUAUUAUAACAUUAAAGAUCUCCAAAAGAUUACUAAACAACCUAUUGUAUAUCUAAAAGAGAUAUUGAAAGAAGUGUGCAACUAUAAUUUGAAGAACCCCCACAAAAACAUGUGGGAACUGAAACCUGAAUAUAGGCAUUACAAACAAGAAGUGCCAGUCGAAACUAAGGAGAGCAAGCAUAGUUCUGAUAGUGAUUAAUUAAUAUUAAUUUCAUUAAGUAGCGACUGGUGUACAUACAAAUUGUCUCAAAUGUACUAAAAUACUAAAUGAUAAUAAAGUUUAAAGUGAUAAUGCAUAGUGAAUAUGCAGAUAUUUGAAAUAAAAUGGAUUUAUUAUGCAAAAA